ACUGGGAUCUGUCACUCAAAACUCACACCCGUGGGGCCUCCACGGCCACAUACGCCCCACCCACCACCAGAAACACCGCCCAUGCCGGCACGCGGCUCGUUGCCUUGGCGAUUCCUGUUUUGUAGUUGCCGGAGCUCCGCCUCUGUUCCCGCCCAGUUGUCGGAGCUCUGCGCUUUAGCUGUGGAGACGGCUCCUCCCAUGAGAGUAUAAACCCCGCCGUGUUUGAAGCUUGUGCGGAGCGGCCGUGCGGGAGCUGCCAGGGAGUUCUUUAAGCGUCUUCGUUGGUGCUGAUCUGUCCGCAAGAGAAAUGAGCCACUGGCAGGAGAGUUUGGCUCCGUGCAAUGCAAGGGAUUUUCCGCACUGUUCUGAAAAGAGAAAUGUUCCUGACCAGAUAUAUGUUGAGUCAGCAAAAAUCUUUCAAGAUAUUCAUAUCAAGAAACCUCCAGAUAGGAUUGUCGUAAAGUAUGGUAAUGACUCUGGUAUGCCUUUAUCCAGCUUUAAGGAUGAAAAAUCUCGGUGCUGGGCUUAUGAGCUGGCUUUUAAUACUCUAAAAUAUCAAGAUCUACUUGAAACCAUAUUACUGGACAGCGGCUUCUACCAUUCUCAGCCACUACCGGACGAGAUGACCAGUCUUGUCAUGGUGAUGCUGUAUGACUUCCAAGACCGAAAGUUUCAGCCGCGCUGUUUGUUCCGUACAGAGGAAACCAUAGAGGAGGUGCAAGAAGUGGAAAAAUUACUUUGCGGGUCCAAUACCAGACUGUCUGCUGCCCUUGCAAGAAGUCGGAUUAAACAUGCCAUUCCAUCCAUUGAGUUUAUAUUGCCAGAAGGUGUUAGAAAGCAAGAGCAGCGAUCAUCUACAGUACCACUCUAUGCCUGGGUUAAUACCGCCAAAACCAGUGUGACCGAAGCCUGUGAUGCGCUGAAGAGCGAAGGUUUUACUAAAGCUGACUCUCCAAUGGAUUUGGUUGGUUAUAGAUAUUGUAUGGACAAGCACUGCCUGGAUGUACUGGUGUUUCCUCCUUAUCUUAAAGAUAAACUCUGCAACCUGGAACUAUUCAUGCAUUACAAACUUGUACUACAGGACAAAGCCCAUAUUGUUUCUGUACAUUCAGUGAGAGCUUUGAUGAAUGUGGAGGAUGACAUUAUUGUGGCUGUGCCUUGUCCAGGGUACAUUCUGGCCCACAUGUCAGUGCUGACCAAUCAAUAUGCCUCUAGAAUCUUUGUAUGUGGAAUAAAGUCUGAAGCAAAGGAACAAGCUCUGCAGGAACUGCUUGUUGAUAUGGGAUGUAAAAAUGUUAAACUGCUGAAGGAAAGCUUCACUGAUCUGGACCCAAGUGAUCCGAGGUUACAGAAGGCUAAAAUUAUUCUCUUGCUGCCUCAAUGCUCUGGAUCUGGAGUCAGUGACCCAGUACAGUUUGUUUUGAAUCAGCAUGGAGACACGUCUUUGCUUCAGGAUUUUUCCCAAGGAUCUGUCAGAAGUGAUAAGCUAAACGCCCUUUCCAAGCAGCAGGUCACAGAGCUAAGCCAUGCAAUGACAUUCAAUAAAGUGCAAGCUCUUGUGUACUGUACCUGCUCAGUCUACCAUGAAGAAAACGAGGAGGUAAUAAAUCAAACUUUGGGACAGAAACCAGAAAGCAACAAAGUUCACACAUAUAGGAUUGUCUCUCCAGUUAUUCCGCUUACCUCAUCAGAACUCACAUCAGCAUCUGAUAAGUUUAUUAAAGUCCAUCCAGCUGAGACUACCAAUGGAUUCUUCCUGGCUGUCUUGACAAAGGAGCCAAUUCCAACUGAAGCUGUGUCUGCAACUGACAUUUUGGCUAGAGCUGCCUCAAAGGGCCUUCUUGAUGGCAUUGGGAAACAAAAAUCCAAAAAAGAGGGGAAGAAAAAGAAAGGAAGGGCAGCUGUUCAAGGCACGACUUCUACUCCGGCAAAGAUCAGCGAUUUUCUAGACCUAGAAAACCGAGUUGCAGCAAAGUCAUUGACCCCUGAUGUUGCCAAGUCAAAUGUACAGCCAGUUGGCAUUGUGGGCAGGAAGCCCUCCAAGCAAGUCAUUGUUACACCUCCUACAACUGCAAGAGACAGAAGUUCCAAAAGUCAAAAACCUGCUAAGCCUAAAGUUUUGGGUAAUGAUGGAAUUUCUCCCAGGAUAAAGGCACAUGAAAACAUGGUGGUGCUUCAGCCUGUGAAGAUUAUGUUGCCACCAGUAAUGAUGGCAUUUUAUAGUAACCCACUAGCAGCCAGAGUACGGAACCCCAUUCCUCAUUACCCUCCUCGCUGGAAUUUUGGAAUGGGGAGCAGGACAUCUGAUGCCUUCGUAUCAAAACUAUCAACGGCUGUCAAACCUCGGGAUAAAGUGCCCUCCAGUGUCCUUCAGCAUCCCAAACCUUGGCACUAAUGGGUCAAAUCUGGGUCUGAUUUAUUUUGUAAAUUUGUCAUUCUAUUUAACAUGAGUAUUGGACUUUUGUGUGCACAAAGAACACAAAUGGAAAAAGUUACAUGUCAUUCACCGUUUCUCUGGUAUGUACAGGAAAAAAAAACUACUGUGGGGAAGACUUGGGUUUAUCAUAAGGAGUUCCGAAAAUUAUAAUUAUUCAUACCCCAAGGCUCAUGUUGCCACCGACACACAUGGUGAAUUGCAGAAAUCCUUGCCUCUUCCCUACAGUUAUUAAAGGAUAAGUAAACCUUAAAAAUAAGUGAAUGUAACAUUGAUGAGGGUGGUAUUCUGAGCACAUUUGCAAUGUACAUUUAUUAUUUUUAAGUUCCAAUAUAUUAAGUGAUACAUGUACUUUUAA